AAUGGAGGAGCUCCUGGCGCCUCUGCUAUGCGGCAUCGACUACGCCCAUGGAGGAGGCAAGACAAUGCCGCUCACCACGCCCGAUCUCCAGCUCCUGUCAGAGAGGAUGCAGGUACGCGCGGAGGAGAUGAAGGAUCGCGUCUUCGCCACCGUGAAGAGCCGCUACAGCAAGAUUACGGAGCUCGCUCGCCGCGCUAGCACUGCCGCAUUGGAUGUAGAGACCGUGGAUUCCCAGCUCCGGGCUCUCCUGGACGAUUCAUCGCUCCGGAUCGGGGAUACUUCUUUCGAUUCCAAGCUGUGGAAGCUCUCGGCGGAGGUAAAGGGGAUCAGGAGUGAGCUGAGGGUGAAAACAUCGGCUUUGGCCGUGGUGAAAUCCACCGUCGAGGUCCGUGAUCGCUUGCUAGCUGGGAAAGAGCUCUUCGAUGGAGGCCAAAUUCUAAGCGGUGCGAGGAAAAUCGCCGAAGUGAAGGGAAUCGUCGACGAUGAUGACGAAGAUACGCUUUUGAUGCAUGAACUUCUCAAGCAGCUGUUAUCAGGGAUUUAUUCCGAGGUGGAUUUUCUACUUGCAGGCUUAUGUUCCAAAGUUGUCUCCGUGAAUUUUACUGAAGGAAUAUUGGCUGUGAACUUUGUGACAGUUGCGGGAUCUCGACAUAACUUUGUGGCAAUACUGGAGACAAUGGAGGUACUUGGACUCCUCGAUGGCUUCCUUGGUCGUUUCACAGAUAAUUUGUGUAAGCUGUUGGCUCUCUUAGUCCACUCUGCUACUGUCGUGAGAGUGGAGCAAGACAGUGACCGUGCAGUACUAAGGAUCACUAGAGACGAGAAUGCAAGAGUAAAUCAAUCAUCUAUAGAAGGCGUUUAUAAAGAAGUACUGGACUUUGUAAAGUUUAUCAACGAGCAUCUUUUACACCGCCAGAAAGUAUGGAUGCUAAAGCUGGGCAGGUCGAUUUGGCCAAGGCUUGCCGAUAUGAUAAUCCAGAAUCACUUACGCAAGGCAAUUCCUGCCGAUCAUACACAGUUCCAACAUUUUGAACAGAUUCAAAUCCUUACGUCAGAAUUCGAAGAAGCUCUCGAAGCCGAAAACUUUGUCAGUGUGGACGACGAAGGUGGACUACUUAGCAACUUCACAGCCGAUGUCGAGAUUCAUUUUUCUGCGAACAAAAGAAAAGAUUUGCUGGCUAAAGCUCGAGACAUUAUCAUGCGUUUUGAUUAUCGGUUGCUUCUGGAUAUGGCAGCAGAGAGGGAGGAGAAAGACCGACUUAUUUUUAGGGAAGACAAGUAUGUUGUAUCCUACCUUCCAAAACAGCUUUUACCCAUUGUACAGGAUACAUUGAAGGAUGCUUGCUCAUCGACACCAAGACUAGCUUUGGAGCUUUAUAAAGUCGCCCGAGACAUUGUGCUGCUCUACCGAGCAAUUGUUCCUUCUCAGGUCUUGGUGUCUGACAAAUCCUCAGUGAAAGCAGCACCAGUAUUUUACAAUGACUGCCUCUACAUUGCAAAUGAGUUGACGACUUACUCCCAGCAGUAUAGCUCGUCACUGCCUGUCGAUCUGCAACAGUCAUGCACUUUGAUGGACCUCGUUUCGGUGUUUCAAUCCAUGGGAUACAAUAUGCUUUCAACACAUGUUAAGCUGAUAAACAAUCAGCUCCUGCAGGCUCUAGACAGUGCUAAUGGAUUCAAAUCGACGGAUGAGAGAAGAGGCCGUGAAAGGGCGCAGUCUGCACUGCAACAGGUUGUAUCAAUCUUUAGAUCUACGCACAACGUCUGGCAAGAAUUUCUACCCAGCAGUUUUCAAGUGAAGCAGUUGACAAUGCUGGCUGAUUCACUUGUCAGCAGAAUUGUUUUUGAAGUUCUGUCUAUCAAAGACAUGGCUGCCGAAGAAACUGUUCAGUUGCACAACUUACUGGACGAGCUGAUACUGGACUUGGGCUCGGUGCUGGCUUCUGUCGAGAAACAUAGUAGGAAAUCACUCGACAUCCUUGUACCGUCGUGGAGAAAACUAAAACGCUUAUCUGAGUUAUUGGAGAUGUCCUUGAGGCCCAUCACGAAAGCAUGGGAGAGUGGAAUUCUCCCGUCGGCAGGAUUCUCGCCAGCCGAGGUCCAGAGCUUGAUCAAGGCGAUAUUCACGGACACCUCGUUGAGAGCGGAGUGCCUUGAAAGAAUAGUUUGAUGUUCCUUUGCCGGCCAAAUUUCCAAACAGUUUUGUGAUAUUUUCUUUCAGCGAGAAGCAGCUACUCGGGUGAGUGUUUUGCUGGUCGAAACUUUUUCUCCAGUUGCCUUUUCUUUUUUCAUGCCUUUUCUAGUUGCGAAACACAAUUCUGGCAAAUCUUUUUUUUUUUUUUGGCGUACAUUCACGAGUUCGUGAUCAAUGCAAAACAAAAGCAAACGCGACUCUUUGUGCUUUAAAGGGCACGAUAUAAAAGUUGAUAUCAAGCUCACGAAAAAUCAUCAAGACAGAUGACUUUAUAAGCCAUUGGCUUAGUGAAAAAUUGAAGAAACUUUAUAAUA